AUGGAGUAUUAUAGGUACUAUCGUAGUUGGAUGUACGAUAGGUUGUAUCCAGGAAGACGCAGACUUAAACCAAAUUUUGAGGAAGGAGUUAAAGGGUCUAUCACGUGGGCAUUUUCUCAGGAAUGUUGUCGAAACGAAGGAGGAGUUAGAUAUCCUUGUCUUAAAUGUGGAUGCAGACCUAUAGUUAGUGACCCAGAGGAAGUAGAACGACAUUUGAAGAGAAGGGGUUUCAUUGAAAAUUAUUGGAUUUGGACAUAUAAUGGAGAAGAACUGUCGAGUAGCGUACUAGAGACCAGUAAUACACAUGCUUCAAGUAGUCAAUCACCGAUGGAACAUAGGGAAAACUUUAAUCUGAUCAGUGAGAUGGUGGGCGAUGCUUUUGAUGUGAAUGUGACCUAUGACAAACCUGAAGAUUUUGAUGGGGAAGAGUUGCUGAAUGAGGAAGCGCAAAAAUUCUAUCAGUUGUUGAAUGAGAUGAAUACGCCGUUGUUUGAGGGGUCGUCGGACUCAAAGUUAUCAAUGUGUGUGAGAUUAUUGGCUGCCAAAUCAAAUUGGAAUGUUCCUGAUCAGUGUUUGGAAUUCUUCGCAAAAAUGAUGCUCGAUUCGACUCCUACAAAAGACAACUUGCCUACAAGUUUUUAUGAUGCAAAGAAGUUGGUCUCAAAGUUGGGUUUAGAAGUAAGAAAGAUUGAUUGUUGCAUUAGUGGUUGCAUGGUGUUUUAUGACAAUGAGUUUGGUACUAAUGAUGGAACGUUGGAGGAAUGUAAGUUUUGUAAGAGUCCAAGAUAUAAAGUUCGUAGUAAAGCCAUUGACCGUAAGCAAAAACGUAUAGCAGUGAAGUCCAUGUUUUAUCUUUCGAUAAUACCAAGGUUGAAAAUAAUGUUUACUUCAAUGCACAGUGCAAGUCAAAUGGCAUGGCAUCAUACAAACAAAAUAAGUUCAGGCAAUAUGCGACAUCCAUCUGAUGGCGAGGCAUAG